AUGUCUUCUGUAGGAUCUUAUGAAUUAGAACAUCAAUUUUCAUUCAAGCGUUAUUUUAUAAAUAAUUUAGAUUCGUAUCAUGGCAAAUACAUCUUGGCAGAAGUGUCGAAAGUGUUGGAAAAAAACCAGGCGGUAUCGGAGAAGGGGAGUAUGCGAUCCAUCCUCGGAGAAGAUGCGGAACCUCUACCACCCCCUCCUCCCGAGCAGCCCUAUGAAAUAAUAGGAACUGUUACCGAUUCGAAAAUAAAAACUCUGGAUAACGUAGCUAGAAUCAUACCAAAGGAAAAUUGCUUCCCUACGAUACUCACUUGCGGAACAGUCAUUUGGGAUGUAAGCUAUUGCCGAGAAGAACUACGAGUUGCUUUGGAAUAUAUGAAUCUUUUAAAGGAGCUGUUAGAAAAGCAAACCCCACAGCAACAACCGAACGAUGCAGACGGAGGUGGCGGUGAAUCCAAAAAACGAUAUUUGAUUCUAAUAUCCUCUAUAAUGACAUGGGCUUCCACAAAACCUUUAGAUCCGGAGUCUCCAGAUUUGCCCUUCAUCGAAACAGACUUUAGGAAAAGGAAACCCCAUCCGAAUUACAAACUACACUACGAUUGCGAAAACGAAGUCAUAGGCAUUGCUAGAAAAUACAGAACACAAAUUGGAGCCCUAGUGGUGGCGCUAGGCGUAACAUACGGAGGACGCGAGGAUGUGCUAUUUUACUGGUUCCAGAAAGCUUGGGAAUGUGAACGUCUUUUGCCAAUUCUAGGUCGCGGCAGUAACGUCAUACCACUUCUUAACGUAUUAGAUUUGGCCCAGAUAGUCUACAACCUGAUAUCCGACUUUCCAAAGAAACUAUACAUUUUGGCCGUUGAACAAAACGUUACGAAGCAACGAGAGAUAGUGAAACCUCUUGGAAAAAUAAUAGGCACCGGAAUGUUCAAAUGUAUACCUCCCGAGGAUGCUUUUUUGAUUCCAGAUAUAGACCAAAGAAUUUUCGAUUUAAUGACCCUGAAUUUGAAUAUGGAACCGACUUUCAUUACGGAGACAAUGGGCUUGCAAUGGACGUCCGAGUUGACUUUUGCGGAAAACGUGCCUGUUCUCAUGAAGCAGUAUAGAAAGGAACGAGGCUUAAAACCUUUUAAGAUAAUUAUAUACGGUCCCCCGAUCGUGGGAAAGACGACAGUAUGUAAGCAACUCUGCGAGGCUUAUGGCCUCGUGUACAUAUCUCCGGAUACUGUCGCUCAAGACAUCAUGGAGGAUUUGACGUGGCGUAUCCAACACUGGGAGACAGGAGAGUUGGCGACUCUUGGGAUACCUCUAGCUGAAGAUGACGACCAGAACGCGGGGUCCGGAGACGAUGCAGGGGAAGAAGAGGGCGCGCAGGAAGCGGCCCGCGCCACCCUGGCUGUGUUGAAAUCAGGACGCCCGCUUACUGAAGAAGAGAUUAUUGGGUUUUUGCGCCAGAGACUAUUGUCUCGAGAUGCAUUGAACAGAGGAUGGGUUCUCGAUGGCUUCCCUACAUCGUUAGCCCAGUGCGCUGCACUUUUUGACAGAGGUGAAGAGACAGACUCAAUAGCAGAAGAGGAAAACGAAGAUGAACAGUUUGAAGAGGACGCGGAUCUGUAUAGUAAUGUAUUGAAGAAGAUGUUACCAGAUAUUGUGGUUUCACUUGAAGCAACAGAUGAGUUUAUUUGCGAGAAGGCUAUGCGCCAACCAGAAACCGAGUCUCGUAUGGACGAGGAAAUAAUUCUGAAACGUCUGAGCGACUUUCGGGUCCAAGACGCUCGGGACGUGACGCCGCUAAACUUCUUUGAUGAACUUGAUAUACAUCCGCUGGUGUUACAAGUGAAGGAUCACAAGGAUUACGCGAUGAAGAACACGUAUAGAGACGUUUCUUUACGUAUGGGGCGACCGUGUAACUACGCCAAGCUAAUGGCUCUGAUUGAGGCGUCAUACAAGAAGGAGCAGGAAGAAAUAGAAACUUUACGUGUCAAAGAAUUGAAAGCACUGAAGGAACUCGAAAAGAAGAUGAAAGAAGAGCGCGAGGACAAAAUGGAGUAUUGGUCGGAGUUGUACGCGUUGCUGCGCGAGGAAGAAGAGGCCGCGCUGGCCGCCGCCGGCGAGCCCAUGCGCAGUUAUUUGAUCGCGCACAUCUUCCCGACCCUCACUCCAGCGCUGCUCGAAGUCGCCAAGCUGAGGCCCGCAGAUCCUGUUGACUUCUUGGCGGAAUACCUCUUCAAGCUGAACCCUAGUGGUAAAAUGCUGGAACCAGGCUAUAACUUACAAGCUGAAAUGUUACUGGGGAGAGUGAAGAUGUUGGACGAAGCUCUCAGAGGCCUCGACAUCAAGAUCGACCCGCUGAUCCCACCCGAACUGAGAAUCGAGGAAGACCCAACAAAGAAGAAAUCGAUCAAUCCAAUGAGCGCACUUUAAUACGCUUUUUCUAUUUCUGCAUAUUUGUUUGAAAGAAAUUAAUAUGCUUUCAAAAU